CCCGCGCGCCACCGGGGUGGCAAUGGCGGCGGCGGCGCCUGCGCGCGGCGCCCUCCGUGCGGACCGCGCAGAGUGAAUAAUAAAGGUCUCCUCGGCGGCGGCGGCGGCGGCGGCGGAAGGCGGGAGGCAUGUCCAAGGGCCCGGUGGCGGGCGGCCCUGCCGCGGCCGGGCCGGCGAGCGCCGCCAGCGCGCUGCAGGCGCAGCCCGAGAAGCCGCAGCACUACACGUACCUGAAGGAGUUCCGCACGGAGCAGUGCCCGCUCUUCGUGCAGCACAAGUGCACCCAGCACCGGCCCUACACCUGCUUCCACUGGCACUUUGUCAACCAGCGCCGGCGCAGGUCCAUCCGCCGCCGCGACGGCACCUUCAACUACAGCCCCGACAUCUACUGCACCAAGUAUGACGAGACCACGGGAAUCUGCCCCGAAGGAGAUGAGUGUCCCUUCUUGCAUAGAACUACUGGAGACACAGAGAGGAGGUAUCACUUGCGCUACUACAAAACUGGAAUCUGCAUCCAUGAGACAGACUCCAAGGGAAACUGCACCAAGAACGGAGUCCACUGCGCCUUUGCUCAUGGGCCCCACGACCUGCGCUCACCUGUGUAUGACAUCAGAGAGCUUCAGGCGAUGGAAGCUUUACAGAAUGGUCAGACAACAUCUGAAGGAGGCAUUGAGGGUCAGUCUGCAGUCGCUGCCAGCCAUGCCAUGAUAGAGAAGAUACUCAGUGAGGAGCCAAGGUGGCAAGAUACAACAUAUGUGUUGGGAAACUACAAGACAGAGCAGUGUAAGAAGCCCCCCCGGCUCUGCCGCCAGGGUUAUGCCUGCCCCUACUACCACAAUAGCAAAGACAGAAGACGAAGUCCAAGAAAACACAAAUACAGAUCUUCACCGUGUCCCAGUGUGAAGCACGGGGACGAGUGGGGGGAUCCCAGUAAGUGUGAAAAUGGAGACUCCUGCCAGUACUGCCACACUCGCACAGAGCAGCAGUUCCACCCAGAGAUCUACAAAUCCACCAAAUGCAAUGAUAUGCAGCAGUCUGGCAGCUGUCCCCGAGGACCCUUCUGUGCCUUUGCACACGUAGAACAGCCGGCGCUCAGUGAAGAUUUGCAGCAAUCCUCAGCCGUAUCCAGCCCCACGCAGACAGCACCUGUGAUGUACAUGCCCUCAGCAGCUGGGGACUCUGUUCCAGUCAGCCCUUCCAGUCCACAUGCCCCAGACCUUAGCAAUGUGUGGAAUAAAUCAGGAACUCUGCCAACUAGCCCCACCUCCACCACAAUUCUUUGUAGGAACAGCAGUCUUGGAAGCCCAUCUAAUAUAUGUGGGUCUCCUCCUGGUGCCAUUGGGAAGCCCCACAGCUUGGAGAGCAUUGGUUUUCCUGCAGACUCAGUCACAGCAGCUGGCAGCUACAAGAAAGCACCGGGGUUUGAGCGAGAAGAUCAGGUUGGGACCGAGUAUUUGAAGAGUUUCAAAUGCCAGCAAGCAAAAAUGAAGUCCCACUCCCUGGAACACAGGAGCCAGGAACAACCUUUGUUACAGCCCAAACAGGACAUCCUGGGCAUUCUCCCAGUGGGGAGCCCACUGACAUCCAGCAUCUCCUCUAGCAUCACCUCCAGUCUGGCUGCAACCCCCCCGAGCCCCGCCGGCACCAGCAGCAUUCCAGGCAUGAAUGCCAAUGCCCUUCCCUUCUAUCCAACCAGUGACACCGUUGAGUCUGUCAUAGAGUCUGCCUUGGAUGACCUGGACCUGAAUGAAUUCGGAGUGGCUGCCCUGGAGAAGACAUUUGACAGCAGCACAGUGCCCCACACGAGUGGCAUCAUGAUAGGUGGGAGUUUGCUGCAAAGUUCUGCUCCUGUAAAUAUCCCCGGGUCCCUUGGAAGCUCUGCCUCCUUUCACUCUGCCUCUCCUUCUCCACCGGUCAGCCUCUCAUCGCAUUUCCUCCAUCAGCCCCAGGGACACUUAAGCCAGUCAGAAAACACUUUCCUGGGGACAUCAGCUUCUCAUGGAUCAUUAGGUUUAAAUGGGAUGAACAGCAGCAUAUGGGAACACUUUGCUUCGGGGAGUUUUUCGCCCAGUACCUCACCUGCAUUUCUGUCAGGUCCAGGUGCUGCGGAGAUGGCACGGCUGCGACAAGAGCUGGAUGAGGCCAACGGCACAAUAAAGCAGUGGGAAGAGUCUUGGAAACAAGCCAAGCAGGCUUGUGAUGCUUGGAAAAAGGAGGCAGAGGAAGCAAAUGAUCGCGCCAACACAGCUAAUAUGGAAUGUGAACUGGCCCGGGAGCAGAGGGAAGCCUUGGAGCUGCAAGUGAAGAAACUGCAGGAGGAGCUGGAGAGGAUCCACACCGGGCAGGACCCGCAGUUCCUGCGCUCCUUCUCUGACCUGGAGACACUCUCGCUCUCAUCGCUCUACACCCUGCAGAAACAGCUGAGAGCAAACCUGGAGAAAGUGGACAAGGCGGUAUUUCAGAUGCAGUCAGUGAAAUGCCUUAAGUGUCAGGAGGAGAACCGGGUGGUGCUGCCGUGCCAACACGCGGUGCUGUGUGAGACGUGCGCUGAGGAGGGCGAGUGCCCCAUCUGCCACCCCAACAGGCCCCACUCUCUGCAGUCGUGACCUUCCAGGGACACUCGUUCUGAUCAUAUCCUAGAGAACUUUUUAACUUUAUACAUACGUACAUAUAUAUGUAUGUGUAUAUAUAUAUAUGUAUAUAUGUGUGUGCAUGGGCGUGGCUGUGCACCUGUAGGGACGUGCACACACUCGCACAUGCACACAUGAAAACAGAAAAUUAGUUGCAGAGCACUUUUUAAUAUUUUACAUCCCGUAUCUAAACUGCCCCUCACCCGUGCCCCACUAAUUCUAACUCUUGAUGAACUUUGAGAGCUGUUUUUAAUACAGAUCAAAGGGCCAUUUGCAAAGAGUCUGUGUUUCUCCUCUUUUCUAUUUAGGUGAUAACAAAUUUUUGACUAUUUCCAGAAGGACUUGGAGUGGGCAAGAGGGGCUUCCACGUGCUUUCCAGAGGAAGAGUUGAGAUCACAGGGAGGAUCGAGGUGGUUUGAAAUGACUUGCUCAUGCCUUCGGUCCCCCUGCUCUUUCACUGACCCAGCUUGGUUAAAGCCGUCCUCCCUGAUGGGAGCUCUGCCAGGCUCCUGCCUGGAGGACCUCACACUGCCCAUCUCUGAAUGUGCAGGAACUUUGUCUGUCAUUUAAUCAGCAAAGUUCCCUUUUUAAAUUUUUUUACACUCUUUGUAUAUUUGUAUGAAAAGAAGAAAAGAGGGAAAAAAAAAUUUCUAUUGGACCUAGAGCAAGCCAAGCCCCAAAAUUCAGUGACCAAUGUUCACUGCUGAUGCAGCCAACAUGUUCCAGGUCUGAACAGCCUUAGAAGUAUUGGCCUUGGGUGAGCCAAAGCCCUUUAUGAAGGAAAUUUGGAUGCAGAGGUUACUUCUCUCCAGGCACCCCUUUCUCUGGUGGCUGUUUAGAGACUUUUUACUGUUUCAGACCAGAUUAGUUUUGUUUUAGCCACAGGGACUGGAUUCGUAGUCACUGCUGAAGUGCAUGAACCAAUUCCAGGUAGGCUGAGGACAUUUUUGUUGCCUGUGUCAGCAGCUCAAGGGUGAUUUGCUGGCUCCAGAAAACCUGGUGCUGGAGAUGUGUGGUGACAGAAAUAGUCCAGCAGGACAGAGAAAUGCCACCAGCUCAGACCUGCCCAGCAGCUGAGCUUUCCUGUGAUGUUCCUUACCAGCAUGUCCAUUGGAUUUUUACAUCAGGUGGAUUGCAGUAACCUGCUGGGAUCUCAACCAAAAGGCCACUCAGUUGACUAAACGUUUUUAUUUUGCACAGGGAUGCUCCUGUGCUGCCCCUCCAUGACCUGGAAAAGCACUGGAACCUCCAGCAGCCCACUAUUGUAGGAAAACUGAAUUUUUACCAGAGCCUCUCAGAAAGCUUCAUAUUUAAUACAAACACAUAAUUAGGUUUGUUUCCAUAAUUCCACCUUUCCUCUCCAUGGAAGGGGUUAAUAUGCAUUCCCAGAUGAUCUCUUAAGUGCAGCUCUGUGUAGUUCUUUUUUAUGUUUUCCCAUUAACUUGUUUUUGGGUUUUUUGGUAAAAAUGCUUUUUUUUCAUGUGUAUUUUAUUGUAACUAGCAUCAGGUUUUUUAAUUUUUUUUAAUGGAGAGACACUGUUGAGUGACUAUUGUGGCUAUGUUGUUUGGUUAUAGCCUUUGAAUGUCUGUGCCAUGGGGCAGCACAUCUGCCUUGGUCUGAUCUUAAAGAAAGACCUUUUAUUAAAAUACAUGAACAUUUCUCUUUUUUUUUAGGAAAAAUAAAAAAUAAAAAAAAAUUAAAGUGGGAGGGGAGGAGGAGGAAAAAGCCCAAUUAAGAAAAAAAAAUACUAAAAAGGUUUUUUUUGUAACUAACUUAAAUCAUAGGAAAUAAACUCUUGAAUCAGAUCUUUAAUAUUUAUAAGCAGCAGAGCUGAUCAGCCUGUUUUUGGCUAUGGUUUGUAACACUUUUUAUGAGCAUGGGGGUUUCUCUGCUUCUCUGCCUCCCUGGGGGCUGCUCAGGGGUGAUGCUGCCUUUUGCCAACCCUCUUUUUCCAGAUCUGUCCAGCAGCAGCUCUGUGAUUCCAACAGGGAAUCCCUCCACGUGGAGCUUGUCCCCUGAGGGCAGCCUGGGCUGUCUCCUGGGGCUUGCAGUCACAGGGUGAUGCAGGACUUGGGGGGGGGUUAAGGACAAAGAGUUGUUUGCCCCCAGUUUCCCUGGGUUACAAGGAAAAAUUCCAGGCCAGAGAAAAUGUGUUUUUCCCUUUUGAGUAAAACAGUUUCUCUGUUUUAAAACUUAUACUGAAGGACCAAAGAAUUCAGAAUUUCACCUGUUUUGUGGCCCUUAAAUUUGAACUUUCCAUUGCCACACUGCACUCAUGGCAGAGCAGCCUGAAGGAAUUAGCACUAGACCCUUCCCUUGCCCCCACCCCGUCCUCUCUCAGCAAUCUCUUUGCACAAGCACAUAGACUUUCUCACUUUUCUCUGGUUCUUGAAGAAACACUUCCUAAAUUUAGGUUUCUAUCAAUUUGUUUGCUGCUUAAAAAAAAACAGGAGAGGAAUAUUGAAAUGUGAAUUUAUUUCCUUAAGCAUCAGAUGGAAAAGAGAACUUCAUCUUUGCAUAUUUUGUGAAUGUUCUGGUGGGCCAUUUAAAGACAAUUUCCGAACCAAAUGAGGUGGGAGCAGGGAGAAGGAGCAGCAUUCCUGACCCACUCCAGCAGUUGUUGCUACCUGCUUCAUGCAGGAAGGACAAACCAUAAUCACAGCACUGCAGUUGAGGCUUUAGAGUCUGUGAUCAGCUUUUGUAUGGUGUAAAAAGAGCUGAGAUAAACCUGGUGCUAAUAAGUGCAGCCCCUGUCACGUACUGUCAGGCUUCCUUCUGAAGCAGGAACUCCCUUCACAGGACAUACAGUAACACAGCAGAGCUGAGGGGGCUUCAAAACAAAAGUGGGGUCCACAGGGUUCCUUGGGGAGCAGCCCAGCUGAACAGCAACCCAGCCCUGACCAUGUCUGGGUCCUGCCUCCUCAUACAGACUCCUGAGUGGAUAAUGACAUUUUCCUCCCCAAAUUUUUGGGAGCUUCAGAAGAGCUGACCUUGGUGAUUAAUUGGGCAGGUCAGACACUUCUGAGUUGAGAGCUGGGGGAAGGAGUUGUGGUUGUGUUGUGAAACCACAGCAUCCUAAAGGUCAAUAAACUUUUA